GAGACAUGCCGUAUUUGUCUGGUUUAUCGGAACUUGUUUGACAACCGCUCGAUUAAUAAUCCCUGUCGUCAAUUGCUAUAUUUUAUACCUACAUAUUCUUCGCCAUAUCCUCAUGUGAACUGUCACAGUCAUGUCAGUUUUGGACAACGAAAAACCUUUCUCUGCUCGUAAAAUGAUCAAGAAAUAUGUGUCAAAAGUGUUCAGUGUUAAAACUGUGAAACGACGACUGCCGAUCCUGCAAUGGUUGCCGACUUACAGUUUCGGUUUUUUCUUACAGGAUGUGAUAGCAGGGGUCACAGUUGGGCUGACAGCGAUACCUCAAGGCAUAGCCUAUGCGGUGAUCGCCGGGCUUUCGCCUGAAUAUGGGCUGUACGCUUCACUGACGUGUGGGUUCGUCUACGUCAUCUUCGGUAGCUGCAAGGACAUCACAGUGGGCCCGACAGCUAUUUUAGCAGCAAUGGUGGCUAAGUAUGUCAAGAGCUACUCUCCUGACUUCGCAAUAUUAGCUGCAUUCUUGUCAGGAGUCAUCCAACUUGCACUGGGACUACUUCAUUUGGGAUUCCUUGUUGAAUUCAUAUCGGAGCCAGUCAUCAGCGGGUUUACAACGGCUGCUGCCUUACAAAUAGCCGCUGCACAAUUCAAAUCGUACUUCGGUACCAAAGGAUCAUCAGGGAACUAUUUCGCCGAAUCAGUCUACAACUUCAUCCAGAAUAUAACAACCGCUAAACUCUGGGAUCCUAUUUUAGCAACCGCAACAAUUGUUAUGUUGAUACUGUUGAAGAAGCUUGGCGAAGGAUGCAAAAGGACAGAUGGAUUUGUGAGAUCGACUCGUUGGUUCGUUUCUAUGGCUAGAAACGCCAUUGUUGUCUUAUUUGGAAUGAUAAUAGCGUACAUAUUGAAAGUGACUACUGCCAACGAACCUUUGGAAUUAAUUGGCGAUAUCGGUAAAGGUCUACCGGAAUUAAAACCGCCUCCUCUAAGUACAGUUGUUGGAAACGAAACUUUAUAUUUCACGGACAUGCUGGAUGUUUUGGGACCGCAAUCAAUAAUCUUGCCCUUUGUGGGUAUAUUAGAAUCUAUAGCGAUAGCGAAGGCUUUUGCUGGAGGGGCCCCAGUGGAUGCAACUCAGGAGUUUAUAGCUCUAGGACUAUGUAAUGUGGUAGGGUCCUUCGCAGCUAGUAUGCCAGUAACAGGGUCGUUCACCAGGACGGCCGUCAACCACGCAUCAGGAGUGCAAACCCAAGCAGGAGGCAUAUCAAAAUGUCUUCUCCUCAUCUUCGCUCUUAGCGUCAUGGCACCGACAUUCUACUUCAUACCCAAGGCGUCGUUAGCUGGUUUGAUUCUAAUGGCAAUGUACAACCUAGUGGACUUUGAAAUAUUCCCACGUUUAUGGAAGAGUAGCAAAAAGGAACUCCUAUUUCUAAUAGUGACUAUAAUAAUCUGUUUAUUCUACGGCCUGGAAUAUGGGAUACUGGCUGGUGGUUUACUAGAAGCACUGGUGCUACUUUAUACGUCUUCUCGACCUACUUUGAAAGUUUUUAAAGUAGAAAAUGAUAGUGGAGAUAUUAUUGUAAUGUCAUUGAGUGAUAGAGUGUCGUACUCUGCAGCUGAGCAUGUUCGCCGAGCGGUGAUGAGAGCAUUAGUUGAAGCUGGUAGUGACAGUGUCAUAGUUAUUGAUGGAAGCAACCUACAACAUAUAGAUUCGACAGCGGCAUCGAAUAUACUCACCAUAGUAAAAGAAAAGGAAGCAAAUAUGAAACAAGUGCUGUUUCUGAACUUUAAUAAAGACGUGAAGACUAUGUUUUUAGUGACAAAUGAUAUGUGUCGUGACAAAUUUGUGGAGUCUCCUAACGUGACGGAAUUAAUAGCGAGUUUUAGUAAGAAUGUCUGAAUGUCUACUUAGUCAAACUUCAAGGACGUUAAUUGUAAAACUGAGAGCUUAGCCAAAUUACGACAGUGAAAGUGGUAUAAAUGUAUGGAAACGACAUAAAGUGACAUAUCUCUUCCAUUUACAUUAAAUAUUGAUUUAUAUUUGAAUAUUUAGAUUGAUUUUUAUGACUGAUACGUCACUUUAUGUCAAUGUUAUAUUUUUUGUCACUGUUACUGUCUGUAGGAGCAGAUGUCUCUACACAGUGGAUAUAGUAAGUUAAAGUUCUUAAGUAAAUUAGUUAAAUGUUUUAUGAGUUAGGAAAAUAGAAAUCAGACCGAGGGCGGGGAGCGGAGAGUUGCUGUUGUAAAAGUAAAUUAAUUAAAAAACCUUUAUUUUAUUAGAAAACUUAUAAAAAUAAUUACAUAAAAAUAGUGAGUAUUUUCUCAUAAAACAUUUCUAAGAGUAUUUUAAUUAGGUACCUACGUGUUCGAGAUUUAUCGGACAACACAUCAUUAGUCUUUCGUUUUUUAAAAACUUUUUGUGUUUCUUUUUGUUUAUACAUUGUUUUAAGUUUACGCGGUUAUUAUAUUAAAUUAUCGCCGCGUCUGUCUUAGUAAUGACCAAGUUAUCUGGAGUCAUGCCCUGGACAUCUAGGUCGGGUAUGUCAGUAUGCAAGUUGUACUGUAUCUCUGCAUCAGCUGCGUUGUUGGUGAACUGGAAGCGGCAGCUCCUCUGCAGCUUCAGGAUCUCACUCCUCGUCAGGAGGAGCAGGUAGCAGUCCAGCGCUGGAAGUGAAUAACAAUAUGUUUAAACUUUAUUUAGUUAUUUACAAUUGUCAUUACAAAUAAUUCCAAUUCGACUA